AUGACACCUUGCUAUAGACCCGACAAGGAGCAGCACAGGCUUCAAGUUAUUGAAAGCGACCUGAAAACACUCGAACCCAAAGUGUGGCUGAAUGACACUGUCAUCUCCUACUUUAUUCGUGAGUUUAUCGAGGCUCACAAGUCUACCUACAACUUCGAUGGUCAGUUUUUCGGGACCAUUCUCAUGAAUUACAAGGCGAACAAGCGAAACAUGGGGAAACCCUACGUGGCGUCCUGUGGGAUUACUGCGAAUUUCCCCUACGAGACGUACCCGACAAUCUUGGUACCUGUGUGCAUGGACGUCCAUUGGAGUUUCGUCGUGACUCAGAACCCCUUCCAGGUAAAGAAGAUCACAUACAAGGUUAAAGCCCACAAGACCAAGCCACACCAGGACAACACAUACGACUGUGGCAUCUUUAUGCUAUACUUCAUGCGCGAAGUCAACAGAGCGAUCAUGCGUGCAAAAGGUAACAUCAUUCUACCGCUAUCCAUUGCUAACAUUUGUGCGCUCCCAAAACAAACCCGGGACCACUUCAACUGCGAUUUGGAGCGAAUGGAGUUCUUCAGGCUCUUCCGCAACGACCAAGCAGUGCAGUCAGAGAUAGCUAAUCGCUAA